CAUCGGACAGGACAAGAAGCACCGCAAGUCUGCAACGGUGGCACCACCCGCUGGAACACGCAAGCUAGCGAACAAGCAGACAGCUGCGUGCCGCACUGCCGCCUCGUAUCUAUCCGGUCUCUGGCUCUCUGCUAGAGCUAGCAAGUGCCAAGCAAGCGACCGAGAAGAUGCCCCCUACUAUGGUGCGUGUGCGUCCCAGGAAGACCUCGGCCAUCGCUCUCCCGGCCGGCGGCGCGCCGCUGCCGGAACCGGGUCGGAGAGUCCCGUUGUCUCCCUUCGACGCCUACUGGGUGACUCUGCCACCUGUCCGCCGCGUCUUCCUCUACCGCUCUCCGCCCAGCCUACUGCCGUUCACGGACGUUGUCGCCGCCCUCAGGUCCUCCCUUGAGCGGGUGCUCCCGGCCUUCCACCCGUUCGCCGGCGUGCUCACCAGCUCGCCGGACUCACAGGAACUGUCCAUCGUACUCCCAGAUGGGGAGGGCGCCUGCAGCGUCGCGCUAAUCGAGGCCGAGACGGACCUCGAGUUCGACAGGCUCGUCGAGGAGUACGACGAGGAGGCGCUUCGGCAGCUUGCUCCGGACAUCCGCCGGGACGAGCUCCCGGCGCCCGUGAUGGCGGCGCAGGUGACGGAGUUCGUCGGAGGCGUGGCGGUGGGGGUGGCAGUGCAUCACUCGGCGGCCGAUGGGCGCGGCCUGUGGCGGUUCUUGGAGAUGUGGUCGGCGGCCGCGGCCGGUGUCAUGGAGGGCCAGGUGUGGCCCGUGUUGGUCGGGCCGGAGCCUCUGCAUGACCGGAGGCUGGUGCGGUUCGACGGGGACGACGACCUUGCCAGGUUAUUCUUGCGGCAACUCGCGCCGGACUUCCCUCGGGUUGCUCCGAAGCAAGAUGCCGCGCGGGAACGCGAGCGCUGUCUCAGCCGGCGGACUUUCACGUUCGCCGCGUCUGCGGUUCAGCGCCUCAAGCAGCGUCUGGCCGGCGCCGUGAACACGUGCAUGCCACCGUCAACAUUCGCGGCGAUGGCGGCGCAUGGGUGGGUGUCCAUCGCGCGGGCCAGGGGCUUCACCGACAACGCCCUGGUUUUCGCCGUCUUUCUCGCCGACUGUCGGGCACAUAUGUCGCCGCCGGUGCCGGGCGCAUACGUCGGCAACUGCCUCGCGCUCUGCACGGCCUCUCUGAGUGGGUGGCAGCUCGCGGGACCGGAUGGGCCGCCCAUGGCGCUCCUGGCCAUACAGGAGGCCGUCGCGGAGGUGAAGCGUGACCCGCUCGGCGACCGCGUCCGGUGGUGCACCAAGUUUGCGGCCAUCCCGCCGGGCCGCGCGGUCAUUCUGGCAGGGUCGCCGUGGUUCCCCGCGUACGGAGUGGACUUUGGGUUGGGGAGGCCGGCGAGGGUGGAGCUGGCUUCCAUGAACCACGACGGUGAGAUGGUGCUCGUCGCCGGGAGGGAGCGCGGCUCGGUGCAGGCGUCGGUGGCCAUUGCUGCGGACAAGAUGACGGUGUUUCGUGGUAUGUUUGAAUUGGAGUGUGACCGUGCGUCGGCCAUGCCAGUGUCUGAAUCGGAGUAGAGUAGUUCGUAUGUAAAGCUGUAGCUCGAGGGAAUCAGACGGAGCUUGGACCGUCCCUAUCUCCCGCUACAGUGUUAGAUAGGCGAUUUGUGAGAGCAGCCAGUCAACCCGCCUCGCUCGCCGGAGAUCUCCGGGUUCCCUCGCCUCCGACGGCCGCCUCGCCGGCGGGAGGUGGGGGAAACCGUAGAUCCCGGCCUGUACAUAGCGCAGGGUUAGGUAGGCCCUCGGCCGGCGGCGCCAUGGAGGAGAAGGUGGUGUCGGUGGAGGUUUUGGUGUCGGUCUGCGUUCCCUCUCGCGGUGGCGCUCUGCGGAGCUUCGUCGCGCCGCGGCUGGCUUCCUCGAGGCCGCCGGUCUUCGGAUCUGUCGGCUUCGCAGUGCCCCGACCGGUUCCUUGGUGGCGGGGGAUCCGGAUGUUGAAGGAGAUCAAGGAGAAGAUGGCGUUGACUCCCAAAGCGACGGCGACGACGUUCAGGCGAGUAGGGUCUUUGGGCCCGGCGAUUGGCGACUUCCCGGCUGCCUCGGGGCUGGCUCCUAUCCAAGGCGUGAAGCGGAGCAGCGGCAGCGGCGCGUCACCGACGGCUCCAGCGCGCUGUCCUCGUCGGGACCUAGAAGAAGGAGUUACUUGUAAUUUCCUUUUUUGUCUGGGUCUUUCUGUAAGAACUUUGGGUUAAUACUAUCUCCUCCUUUCGCGAAAAAAAAAAAAAGCUGUAGCUCGAUCAUGUACAUUUCAGUGUUCCACAUCAGCGGUGGCUUUCAAUAAAGGAUUUAUUGGUUUUUGCUGCUA